UAUAGUGAAUGCAGGGUCCAGGGAGACCAGAUAUAGUGAAUGCAGGGUCCGGGGAGAGCGGAUAUAGUGAAUGCGGGGUCCGGGGAGACCAGAUAUAGUGAAUGCAGGGUCUGGGGAGACCAGAUAUAGUGAAUGCAGGGGUCCGGGGAGAGCAGAUAUAUUGAAUGCAGGGUCCGUGGAGACCAGAUAUAGUGAAUGCAGGGUCUGGGGAGAGCGGAUAUAGUGAAUGCGGGGUCCGGGGAGAGCGGACAUAGUGAAUGCAGGGUCCGGGGAGAGCGGAUAUAGUGAAUGCAGUGUCCGG